CACCCACCCACCAGUUGACUUAAACCCCCAGUGUCUAGACUACAACGCCAUAACUAACUAUAAACUGUCCGACUAUCUUCAGGUCGAAUCCGUUACACCCCUCCAAUCCCAAUAGAGGUAAAUGGUGACCCCCCAAGCUCCACAAGGCUGAAACGUGCGCGACCAGCUAGCAACGAGUCAACGACGAUGAUAUCAUCCCCGCACUAACUAACUUCCACCCGCAAGCAAGCGGACUUGAUGUCAUUUCCCAGCCCUACCAGGCUGACAAGUUGACGACCACUUUCAUUUUUAGGUUUUCAUUCAACUUGCCAAUUUAAUGAUCUAGACCUUUGACGCAUUUUAUUUGCUCUUUCUCUCUCGCUUUCUCUCUUUCUCUUGCUCUCUAAAUAAGACCUCCGCAUCCCCUCGAAAACGAUUAGGAGCUUAUAGAUCCCCGCAAUGAAAACCGUCGACGACACCGCCCGCGAACUAGGCUGCGUGCCCCCCCACGAACAAGAACACCUCGAUCAACAGCGCUACGAGCGCGAUUGCGCUUUACAGCGGAAGGAGCAGGAAUUACAGUACCAGCAACAGCAACAGCAACAGCCCGAGCAUGGGCUCAAACCUACCGCGUCGAUAGCGCAUGCACCAACCACAUCCUCAGCGACUUCCUCAUCCUCCUCCUCAUCUUCACGCUUCCUCCCGCCCACCGAGAAAAUCAACGAAGUAGCCAGUACCUCGCUCCAAGAAGCCAAGACGAUGCUGAACGCUGCAUGCGAGAGCGAGCUCGUGAAUUCCGCUGUAAGGAGGGUGAGGGAGUAUGUACCUGGUUUUGCGGGGGGGGAUGCGGAGGGGGAGAAGGAAGAACACGACCCCCUCGCCGCUGACCCCGAGGAGAUCCGGCGGAUUGAAGCGCUGGAGAAAGAGCGGAUCGUCGAGUUCCUGCAGGACCGGACUCGGAGUAAUCGCGAUUUGGAAAAGAAGUAUCAUCCCGGUAAGGGGGUGGGGUCUGCGCCGGAGCAGUGAUUUUUUUUUUAUUUUUGGUUUGGUUUACUUGGUUGGGGAUGUUGGGUGUUUUGUAUAGAUGAAUGGACACUGU